GGGAAGGGUUAGUGCAGGAGCCACGUGAACAGAAGGCGGAAGAAGUCGACACCUUAUUCUCCGCCUCCUCUGCUUCGUCGUCCAGGGAGAGAGCGAGCAAAAAAGGCGCCCCGCAAAAGAAACGGAGACAUGGCGGGGAUUAAAGCCCUGGUUGGCUUAUCGUUCACUGGAGCUAUGGGUCUGACGUUUCUUGUAUUGGGUUGUGCACUGGAAAGUUACGGUGUCUACUGGCCUUUAUUUGUUUUGAUAUUUUACUUCAUAAGUCCUAUUCCACACUUCAUCACAAAAAGAGUAAGCGACGAUACAGAUGCUGCAAGCAGCGCCUGCAGGGAGUUGGCAUGUUUCUUCACGACUGGAAUUGUGGUUUCUGCUUUUGCGUUUCCUAUUAUCCUUGCACGUGUUGAAGUGAUCAAGUGGGGAGCUUGUUGCCUUGUGCUGGCUGGAAAUGCAGUAAUUUUCAUUACCAUUUUAGGCUUUUUUGUUCUGUUUGGAAGAGGAGAUGAUUUUUCCUGGGAACAGUGGUAGACUGCACUAUGGAUUUUCAUAUGGAUCUGCACUUUAGGGCUUACAGGGAGCUUUAUUAUGACACGGAUCUCAGAGUGCAUUGUAUGUGUGUGUGUAUAUAUAUAUAUAUAUAUAUACGCAUAUGCAUAGGAUGGCAUAUUAUUUGCAUGCAUUAAUAGCUUUACAUUAUUGCAGGGCUUCCCAAACUUGGAUCCCAAACUUGCUUUUGGACUACAAUUCCUAUCAUCCCUGACCACUGGUCCUGCUAGCUAGGGAUGGUGGGAGUUGUAGUCCAAAACCAAUGGGAGAAACCAUGCACUAUUGGAUAUGGGUCCGCUUUUUGUAUCUGGUGCCAGCCUAACACAGGGUAAAUGUAUUGCGUUUUAAAUACUAGUCUUUCUAUUUAGUUGGAUGCAUGCAACUUGCUGCAAUUUGUGAUAAUUUUUUGGACUGCAACCUACAUUUUGCCAAAGUGCUGAAAUAACCGUAGUAAGCAUUUCUUCACGACAAUAGCACAAAGACAUUUUAAUGGUAAUGUUUGUAAAGUACUCAGACUAUUCAAUUCUUAAAUUACUCAGGGUUUAUAAUGCUUUGAAAUACAGUCUUAAAGAAGAGCUUUUGCGUAAGUGAGAAAAUGGGGUACAAUCCUGCAGAUGCAUUUCAUACAUUGACAGUUCUAUUCUGUGUUGCUGGAAGUUUUGAGAUAAUUAAUUUUAAAAGUAGUUUUAGCUCUGGUAAGAGUAGAGGUAUGAAAAAUUAACGCUGCACUCCUCUACACGUUUGCUUGGGAGUAACACAGACACCAGUUUACUCUCCUGAAGACAGUGGGAUUUACUCAUGAGUCAACAUGCAUAGGGUUAGGUCAGGCAUCCCCAAAGUGCGGCCCUCCAGAUGUUUUGGCCUACAACUCCCAUGAUCCCUAGCUAACAGGACCAGUGGUCAGGGAUGAUGGGAACUGUAGUCCAAAACAUCUGGAGGGCCGAAGUUUGGGGGUGCCUGGGUUAGGUUGUGAAGUUGCCUUAUAAAUUAUGCUGCAGCAAAAAUAAAAAAGAAGGAAUAUAAAUUUAGCUUUGAUCUUCUUUUCCUGUUGUUCCAAAAGUCUCUCUUCCACCAUCACUUUCAAAUAAUACAGAAUACACCUUUUUAAAGGUGGCAUGAUAAAGGCAAAUGAUAAUGUUCACUUUCUGGCGCAGGGAUGGGUAUCCAACAGCCUCUGGCCUUAUUUCACGUGGCCUUCAACCUGAUUUAAUAUGGGUAGCAAAAAGGGUGUGCCUUGCCUUGCUUUGGGAUCUGCCCCUCCAAAACUGACCCACCUUGACCGAGUGUGACCUUCAAAAGGAGAUUUUGCCAUUUCUGUUCUAAAAGGUGCUUUACUCUUUAAAGUGGGAACACAAGUUAUUUUAUAGGUGAGAUAUAGUGAUGAAAGGGUCCCCCCUAUUUAAUGUGUAAAAUCAAAUUACUAUUUGUGGUGGUGUGAAAUAAAGAGUUAUUGCAAGGGUUAUAAAGGUUCCUGUGAGCCUGAUAUUGUUUUGCUGCAAGCUUGUCAUCCUGCCAGUGUCUGUGACCAUUCAUUUAUGUUAGCGAUUUUCAUUACAUAGUUUAAAAAAAGAAAGAAAAAGUAUUGUGGUACCCUAAAUACACAUAGUGAUCUUACUCCAAAGUGCCUUUCUCCAAGAUUAUUGUGUUCUGCAGGAGGCAUGUGCAUCAAAGCCAUGCUGCAUGUCUUUGAUAAACAUUGCUUUGCAUUCUCUUGUUGACAAUGUUUCAUAUACAGCAUAUAUGAACUUUUGUAACCUUUGUAAUUUAUGUCAUUUGAAGUACUGGAAUUGUGCAGUAUUAGAAUACAUUUGUGAAUGUAUUUUUAAAAAACUCAAUAAAAUUUUACUUCAAAGUC